AUGACUGAAGGCAAGGAUCUCGAGGUCGGUCACACGAACGACAAAGACACCACCAUAACCGCCGAAACCGAGGGUUCAACAAGCGACACCAACACCCAUGGUGGCUAUGAUCAUGGGUUGUCCUCGUUUCAGGAGAAGAAGUCGGUGUUUGCGAAGAUGAGGGCCUGGGAGCUCUGGCUCGACAAGAGGCUCAAGUUCGAACCCAUGGGGAUCGACCGCUUGCCUGAAGAUGCACGCAAGCCACCACGAACUCUGAACAUGAUGCUCCUGUGGUUCUCCCUCUUGAUGGCACCAGGGAUGAUCACCAUCGGGGCGUUGGGCCCGAUCUUUGGAUUAUCGGUGGCCGACUCGAUCAUGAUCACCUGCAUCGGAAAUGCGAUGGGAAGUCUGGUGCCGGCGUGGACGGUCACAUUGGUGCCACAGACAGGCCUCCGGGCGGUGGCGGUCUCGCGGUACGCAUUUGGGAUUCAGGGCUCCAAAAUAUGCGGCGCGCUCACGGUCUUCGUCAAUAUCGGCUACGCCGUCAUCGGGGCGAUCCUGGCUGGCCAGUUUUUAAGAGCCGUCUCGGGCGGGUCGCUGGACAUCUCGCUCGGUAUCGUGUUGGUUGUGCUUUUGGCCCUCGUGGUGUCGUUUUUGGGCUACCAUGUCCUACACCACUACGAGAGCGUGGCGUGGAUCCUGAUCUUUAUCCUCAUGCUCGUCCAGUGGGGUCAGUCGGCUCCUCGCUUCCCCUCCGACAUCACAACCCAUGAACUUCAAGGCAUCGACUACGUUGGCUCCGCCCUGACGUUUUUCGCCAUCAUGUUCGGUCAAUGUGUGGCCUGGUGCUCCUGCGCGGGUGACUACUACGUUCACUUCCCCGCCGACGUCAACAAGUGGAAGCUGGCAGGCUUGACCUGGCUGGGCAUGUUCAUUCCCACCACCUUCGGCGCCCUCCUGGGUUGCUACAUCGGUGGCGCCAUCUUCUCAAAUAACGAUCUUCUCCAAGUCUACGAGACUAGUGGGAUCGGUCAAGUCAUUUUGGAUUUGUUGCACCCGUCGGGUUUCUCGGGGUUUGUGGGCGUCUUCUACGCUUUUGCAGCAUUGGCAAACCUCGCAGCCACUUUCUAUUCCAGCGCACUUGCGGUCCAGGUCAUGCACAGCCGCUUCAUUGAAAUCCCGAGAUUCAUCUGGGUACUGGUCUUUGGUGUCAUUACCCUCGCCCUAGCACUUGGUGGUCGGAACGUGUUUGAGAACGUCCUCAGCAACGUACUGCCCAUCCUUGGGUACUGGACCAUUUGCUUUUCUUCGGUCCUGUUCGUCGAACAUUACGUUUUCCGGCCGCGACUUGGUGGCUACGACCUCGAAGGCUGGCGAGACUCGAAGCGCACUCCUGUAGGCCUGGCUGCCGUCGCUACCUUGCUGACCUGUAUUGGCCUAUCUUUCCUCGGCAUGUGUCAAACCUGGUUCGUCGGUCCCAUUGCUAAGCAGAUUGGAGCCUAUGGUGGAGACGUGAGCGACUACAUUAUUAUAGUUGUCGCUCCGAUCAUGUACUUUCUCUGUCGAUCGUGGGAGAUCAAAGUCUUUGGUCGAUAAUCUAGAUGGUUGUGGCUGCUUACUACACCGUGCCCCUUGCCGAACA